ACACUUCUAAAGUUCAUGAUGUCUACCUCCUCCUACAAAAAGCGCUUUGGAGAUGUGAGUCGGAGCAGCGCGUUUUCCCAAGUCUCCAGCCGCCAGAGCUCCAGCUCCGUGCGCUCGCGGGUGUCUCUCGGCGUCUCCUCGGCUCCGGUCAUUUACGCGUCGAAGAGCUCCAGAGUCCGAAGCAGCGCGGCGAUGCCACGACUGACCUCUGAGAUUCUGGACUUUAACCUCUCGGACGCCUUAAACACAGAAUUCAAGGCAAACCGGCUGAAUGAGAAGGCGCAGAUGCAGUCGCUGAACGACCGCUUCGCCAGUUACAUCGAGAAGGUGCGUUUCCUGGAGCAGCAGAACAGGAUCCUGUGCGCGGAGCUGGAGCAGCUGAGGGGUCAGGGGUCGUCCCGCAUCACAGAUCUGUAUGAGGAGGAGAUGCGCGACCUGAGGAGACAGGUGGACCAGCUCACCACGGAGAAAGCACGCGUGGAAGUGGCGCGAGACAACCUGGCUGAAGAUUUUGAGCGACUCAGAGAGAAACUGCAGGAUGAGAUUCUUCAGCGAGAAGAUGCAGAGAAUAACACAAAGAGUUACAGACAGGAUGUGGAUAAGGCUGCUCUUGCUCGAGUGGAUCUUGAGAGGAAAGUGGAGUCUCUUCAUGAUGAACUCGCCUUCCUAAAAAAGCUCCAUGAUGAGGAGCUGGCUGAGCUGCAGGCACAGAUCCAGGACCAGCAGGUGCAGGUGGAUAUGGACAUAGCCAAACCUGAUCUGACAGCUGCUCUGAGAGACGUCCGACUGCAAUACGAGAACCUGGCAACCAAAAACAUCCAGGAGUCAGAGGAUUGGUACAAAUCCAAGUUCACUGACCUGACGGAAGCAGCUAACAAGAGUAAUGAAGCUCUGCGAUUGGCCAAGCAGGAGUCCAAUGAUUACAGACGUCAGGUGCAGGCGCUCACUUGUGAGGUGGACGCGCUCAAGGGAACAAAUGAGUCUCUGGAGCAUCAGAUGAGGGAGAUGGAGGAGAACUUUUCAAUGGAGUCGUCGAGUUCCCAGGAUAAAAUUGUUCAGUUGGAGGAGGACACACAGAACAUGAAAGACGAGAUGGCAAAACAUCUGCGUGAGUAUCAGGAUCUGCUCAAUGUCAAGAUGGCCCUGGACAUCGAGAUCGCCACCUACAGGAAACUUCUAGAGGGGGAGGAGAGCAGAAUUUCAACCCCUCUUCCAAACUUCUCCACCUUUAAUCUGAGAGAAACGAUGCUUGAGUUGAAGCCAGCUAUUGAAAGUACAUUUACUAAGAAAGUUCUUAUUAAGACCAUCGAGACCAGAGAUGGACAGGUGAUCAAUGAGUCCACUCAGAACCAUGAUGACCUGGAGUGAUGAAGGAAAUCAACCACUGCAAGCAACCAAAAUGCAGCACCAUUCUGUAUCCCAAUUAUAUAAACAACCCACAAUAACCUGCUUCAAAGUGCUUUUCUAUCUGCACAGAAAAAAGCGUUUGAGCCUGUAGGGGAAGUGUAGUGAUAGCACACAAGCACAGAAACAGCAUGACCUUUAGCAUACUGUGAAUCUUUUUAUUGUCUGAACCUGCGUUUAUUUUCCACAUAGCUUUUUUGAGACAACAUAAUUUUCUUUAAGCAAAAUGCUCCAAUAAAACAAUCAAAGAAGAGUUUGUAUUGAUAAAUAACCUCAUUCUUUGUCUGAAUGUUCUUCCAUGCAUGGGCUAUUAUUAUUAUGGUUAAUUUGCUAAAAACAAAUUAUUUUUAAGUAAAACUGUAAAAGCCUUAACACAAAUCCAGAUUUUUUUAAAAACAUGAUUCCAUUUUUAGCUGAUUUAUAAUUGAUUCUCUGUUCUGUUAGGCUCAUGGAUUGGUUUAAAACUUUGACAGAAAUUCCAACAGGACUCCUCUAUAAAUGCCUCAGUAUAUUGGAUUAAUGAGAAAAAAAUAAUAAAUGAAGUUUUGAGCUGAAAAA